AUGGAGACGAGCAAUUGCUACGAAAAUGACUAUCAGGUCACUUGCCUUUUCAAAACGCUGUUUUCGGGACCCGAUUAUGCGGUUUUCAGCUGCAUGCUUAUCGUUUCAGCCCUGGUGGGAAUCUAUUUCGCUUAUCAGUCGAGAAGGAAGACGGAAAAUGUUAAUGACUAUCUAAUGGCUGGAAGAUCGAUGCACUUUUUUCCAACUUCAUUGUCGAUUAUGUGCACAGCUCUUUCGGCGAUCACUAUUCUAGGGACACCGGCUGAGUUUUACAAUUACGGAUCAAUGUACAUUUGGUCCAUUGCCGGAUACUUCAUGGCCAUUUCUUUUUCGAACGAAAUCUUUAUCCCCGUCUUCUACAAACUGGGAAUCAACACGACUUAUGAAUACUUGGAGCUGAGAUUCGGCCGAAAAGUAAGAAAUGCGACUACGAUUAUGUUUAUGGUGGCGAAUGUGAUUUCGACGGGGGUCGUUAUUUACGCUCCUGCCACCGCGAUUUCAGCUGUCACAGGCAUGUCCCUCGAUUUGGCAAUUCUGACGACAGGUCUUGUUUGCAUCUUUUACACCACUCUCGGCGGAAUGAAAGCAGUUGUCUGGACCGACGUCGUCCAAUCACUCUGGAUGCUGACAGGGCUUAUGGCAGUGAUCAUCUUCACUCACAUCAAAGUCGGAUACGGCAAGAUCUUCGAAAUGGCAAAUUUAACCGGAAGAACAGAAUUCUUUCGCAGCUCCUGGGACCCGACAGUUCGCGAUUCUCUCCAAGCAUAUUUGAUCGGAAAAUUCUUCGGAAUCGAAGGCUAUGCCUUCGGCUGCUCACAGAACUUUGUCCAGCGAUUUUUGAGCUGCAAGAGUUUAGCGCAUGCGAAAACAGCCGGAUAUAUGGCGAUCGGAUGGCUUUCGAUAAUUCUCAUGUCUUGCUUGUUCACUGGAUAUACUCUAGUCUACUACUAUGAGCUUUGCGAUCCAGCGGCCGCGGGCUUUUUGGAAUCUACAGAUCAGCUGAUGCCCUUCUUGACAAAUUUUCUCUUUGUUGAGUACCCGGGGCUAAGUGCAAUUUAUAUUUCUGGCGCUUUUGCUGGCUCUCUCAGCUCAGUAAGCUCCUUUAUUAGCUCAAUGGCGAAUGUAAUUAUGACCGACAUGAUCGGAGAAAGAGCCUCAAAACUUGGAAAAGUAAAACAGGUUAUUUUGGCGAAGAGUUUGACUUUAUUUGUUGGAUUCGUGUGCAUUGGCUUUGCCUAUCUAUCGACUCUCCUGAAGGGUGGUGUGAUUGAAGUUGUAUUGAGUAUUGGCGCCAUUAUUGCUGGGCCUGUUUAUGCAGUUUUUAUGAUGGGAGUUUUCUUUCCGCUGAUUGAGGAAAUAAGUGCCUUAGUCGGUCUAUUGUGCGGUGUCGCAGCGUGUACCUGGUGCUACAUCGGAAGAAACAUCUACCCAGUGCCAACUGAAAUCGUCGAAAAAUCUUUCCGAAUUCCAGUCAACACUGAUAGAUGCACCUUUGAAAACGGAACAAGCUACCCAAUCGAAAUAAACGAAUCCGAGUUCGUCGAAAACUCCGGGAUCCUCUCGUUUUACAAUAUUUCUUACCACUAUAUUGGAACUCUUGGCUUCACAGUAACAGUUGCAGCGAGCUUUUUAACGGCUUUGAUUGUCAUGGGAAGACGUCGAUUUCACCACACAAAACAACAACGAGACGCUCGACUUCACUGCUUCGUUUUCAGCGAUAUUGCCAAAAAAUGUGGCUACAAGCGUUCAUUAGAUUUCUGGCACAGAUCGGACUCAGAUGACGAUCUCCACGAAAAAAUCAUUGAUGAAGAGAAAAAAGAAGAAGCCUUUUCUACUGAUUUUUAA